AUGUUACUCUCAUUGGUUCAUCUUCCUGAUGUAGAGUUUUAUCUUAAUGUUGGAGAUUGGCCAGUUGAGCAUCGAAAAGCUAACGAUACGCCUGGUCCUAUACCUAUAAUUUCAUGGUGUGGCUCUCUGGAUUCAAGGGACAUCGUCCUUCCAACAUAUGAUAUAACCCAUUCAACACUUGAAACCCUACGUGGAGUUACAAAUGAUCUUCUUUCUGUUCAAGGAAACACAGGCCCUUGUUGGAAAAACAAAACUGAACGAGCUUUAUUCAGAGGUCGAGACAGUCGAGAGGAACGUCUAGAACUGGUGAAAUUAUCUAAGGAGCAUCCAGAACUACUAGAUGCUGGAAUAACAGGAUACUUCUUCUUCCGAGAAAAGGAGAAAGAGCUGGGAAAGGCUCAGCUGAUGGGAUUCUUUGAUUUCUUUAAGUACAAGUAUCAGGUGAAUGUAGAUGGGACGGUAGCAGCUUACAGAUUUCCAUACCUCUUGUUGGGUGAUAGCCUAGUACUGAAGCAAGACUGUCAAUACUACGAGCACUUCUAUAUUGCAUUAGAACCAUGGAAACAUUAUGUUCCGGUUAAACGAAGACUAGAGGACUUGCUAGAAAAAAUAAAAUGGGCUAAGGAAAAUGAUGAAGAAGCUAGAAAAAUUGUUAAAGAAGGACAGUUACUUGCAAGAGAAUUAUUGCAGCCUCACAGACUUUAUUGCUACUAUUACAGUGUGUUUCAGAAAUAUGCCAAACGCCAAGCCAGCAAACCUGAAAUACGGGAUGGAAUGGAGCUUGUUCCUCAGCCUGAUGACAAAGACUCUGUGUGCAACUGCCACCGGAAAAAGCCUCCAAGGGAAGAUCUGUAACAGUACCAGGUGGAGAAAAAAAACAAAAAAAAAC